AGAAGGGGGCGCAGCCACGUCGUGCGCAGCUUGAGGAAACUUUUGAUGGAGAGGAGCCUCUGAAGGAGCGAUGGUGUCUUAGCUACAACCAGAGCUGAGGUAGCAACGACCUACAUUUCACCUCUUGAAAGAGUCCAUCUAUUUUGAAGCAGUGACCUCAAAAAGCAAAGCAUUGGGAAGCGCCACGGGCACUCGGGCAGUAGGACACGAUGCCUCUCUUUGGGAACACGUUUAGCCCGAAGAAAACGCCGCCCAGAAAGUCAGCUUCUCUCUCCAACUUGCACUUGCUGGAUAGAUCAACCCGUGAGGUUGAGCUGGGCCUGGAGUAUGGCAUCCCCACCAUGAACCUUGCCGGACAGAGCCUGAAGUUUGAAAAUGGCCAGUGGGUCGCAGAGUCAGGAAGCUUCACUGGGGAUCGCAGGGAAAUGCAGCGCUUGCGCAAACGAAACCAGCAGCUGGAAGAAGAAAACAACCUCCUUCGACUCAAAGUGGAUAUUCUGCUGGACAUGUUCUCAUUGCAGGGUAUGCUCUGCACUCUGCUUUAUGCUACCGUGCAAGAGGAUUUUAAUGAUAAAGUGACUGUGAGAGUGAAGUCUGAUCUCUUCUGCUUCCCCCCAAGAGAGGGGGAAGGUUCCCCUGGCAGAAGAGCUUGACUUCAGUGGAGACUGGGGCAGGAUUACAUGGGAGCCUCAGCAAGUGUGUGUCCUCUUUCUGCACUGAGUAUGGGGCCACCUUCCUGCCGCUUGGGAAGCCAGGUCACAGUCGCCUUUUGUGGCCACAGAAGAUUAAGGCUCCAAGACCUUCCUUUUGGCAUGACAAAUGGGCUUUCAUGUGUCUGUAAACCUUCAGGGGAAAGAGCCCCCAGGCCCUGUAUAAACUGAAAUUCAACCCUACGCUUCUCACACCUAGAGUCUGGAAGCUAACUGAGAAUCUUUGCUCAGUUGCUUGUUAAGUGGGUUAACUUCUAUGUCAAUCUGAACAAGUAUUUAUCCCAUUAUCAUUUUCCUUCCUUUAUUCUGUGUUUUGAAACUGGAAAGAUGSUUGCUCUUUUUUGUUCUUUUCUGCACUGAGGAGCAAAUCCAUCUCUCGAGGCUGUCUUGGU